ACUAGCUCACUUCACAAUCAUUUCAAUGUCAACUAGUUAACUUCAAAAUUUUAAUCUGAACUAGGAAGAAUUAAAAUUUCAAUCUGUCCUAGUUCGAUUUAAAACUGAACUAGAUUUUAAUCUGUCCUACGACAUAUACAUAGCACGUCAUUAAAGAUUCCCAACUUUCAUCUUUUACUUUCCGUAGCUCUGCAGCAAGCGAAAGAGCAUCAUCAGUUUGGCUCAUAUUAUGGCCUUCGACUUCGAUGCCAUGUGCGGCUAAUUCAGCCUUUUCAAUUUGCGAUGCAUGAGCGUGUCGACAAAACUAGUUAGCAACAAAACGAGAACCGUUGCUACAAUCAUUAAAAUGGAUGAGAAGCGAAUGUCUGAAGACUAGAGAAGCGAGCAAGUAGACGUGAUUCAUUAACAUCAGUUAUCAUGAGACACGAGAAAUAUCUUCAGAUCACACAUUAACGUUUGUCCACGCGGAAAGUGAUGAAAAAAAUUCUUUGCUACCAGCAAUCAAAUUCCAACCAUAAUUUCUUCUUUGUGCUCGUCUUUCACAUUCAGUGUCACAGCUUUACUUAUUCUCUUACGUCCGUUUCUUCAUUUACUAAGCAAACAUUAUAGAUAAGGAUUUGAAUUUUUUAUCUGAUCAAUGACUUUUUUAUGCCAGCAAUGUACAAUACGCAAGUUUGACGUAUCAGAUUUCUAUUUAUUACUGCUUAGACACGCUUCGCUUAAACAACUGUAAUGAUUCGCAAAGCAAAUAGUUGAUUGAAAAAUGAGAGAACGACACACUUCGUUAGUUAUCAACAGCUUUGUUUACCAACUUUCAAUGACAACAAUCCGAAGUCAAUAUUCAGGUAAAUUAAAGCUGCAUUUAGCAAAGAUUACAAUUACGCCAUUAUGAUGGUAACACUUUGGAUUUACUUGGAAAUGACAGUAGUUAAAUUGAUUUGAAUUUAUUUUUAAAACCGUUUUAAUAAAAGAUUUAAAAAAAGUGUAAUCAUGUAAAAGUUUAACUUGAUUGUAAUUUCUCCUAUUUCUAUUUUGGUAAUGGUAAUCAUCGGUAUGUAAAAUAAGAUUAUGAAUGAGGUUCGAUUUACAUGAUGAAGCAAUGCAAUUGUUUUUCUCCGUUCGAUAAUUUUAUCGAAUACAUGUUCUUUCUCUUCUUGCCUAAUAUUUAUUUUCUCUUUUUCUCUUUUUCUCUUUUCAGCUUCCAGAUGCUUCUGUAGACGAGAGAUUACAUGUUUUUUUUGUGCGAUUGUUUUCUACUCUGUAUAUUCUACUUGUAUCGCGAUGACGAAAAAACAACCGCAAUAUCUUCUGUUAAAAUAGUUUUGAUCACUUUGUGUAUCACAGCCGGUUCAGCAUCAGCAGUUUAUGGUGUGUAUCAAGCCAAAUGCGUAGAGAUCGUUGUUGAUUGCUUUACAGCAAUUAGUAUUGUUUUGGGUACUGUUAAUGCUGGGAUUGAUACACCAGCAGACAUAGUGAUGUAUGAGGUUGCAUUUCGCAAGUGUUCAACAGCUGUAGCAGUGAUACCAACAUUCUAAUAAUAAACUAUAAUAUCAACAAAUGUUUAUGAACAAAAUUUCACGGUUGAUCUAUUAGUAGUAAACUCAAAACGUUUUUUUGUUUAUUACAUUUAGAUUUGCUAAGAGCCCAAUAAUAAACACAUAUGAUUGGAUGAAGAUACAGCACAAAAUGCUCUAUACUUACACCAAUUCAUUCGUACAUGUGACUUUCCACGUGUAUACAAACGUACAAGCAUACCAACUUAUUUUAUAUGAUCUUUCUUUUCGUCAAAGAAUUUACGUCGUUUUCUUUUAGGAAUCAUGAUACGACAUUUAAUUUUGUUUUUACGCAUUUAAUUUUCAGUGCGUAAAAAUUCAGAGAAAAGGAAAAAAAUUUUAUCACAACCACGUCAUUUAUUUUUCAUUCUUUAUCAUUAACGUUCACUAUUAUUACGUAUUCAAGCACCAUACAUACUCGCUAUUUACUUUAUAGCAUUCAUUUGUAGUUACACGGAAGAAAAAGCAGGUAAAGAUUACGGUUUGGAUAUACUGGUUACCUGUAACGAAGAGACAUUUAUUGAUUCACGUAACUCAAAAAUAGUCUCUAUUUAAUAUUCUUUUUAAUUUUCAGAUAUAUUAUUGAGUAAAACAAUGAAACUUUCAGCGAUAUUUUUAUAUAUUAUUAUUCUCACGGCAUCAUGCAGUGAAGCUGGUCCAGCAGCUUAUGGUGUAUGCCAAGCUGGAUGUGCGGCGCUUGUUGUUGCAUGUUAUGCGGCAGCUGGUGCUGUGUUUGGUACCGUCACUGCUGGAGCUGGUAUAACACCAGCGAUAUUGGCUUGCAAUAUUGCUUUCGGGAAAUGUUCAGCAGCUUGUGCUGUUGCAGUAUUGAUGCCAACGCCUUAG